AUGACUUUGACGGGUAAGGCUCUAACUUGGUUCUCACAUUUAGAGUCUAAUUCAAUCAAGGAUUUUGGAAUGUUGUCGGAUGCCUUUUUCGAGCAGUACAAGAUUAAUCUCAGGAGCAAGAAGGGAAGCAGUCAUUUAUUCCUCUUGCAUAGGGAACCUGGCGAAAGUCUAGGUGAUUUUAAUAUAAGGUUCCGUCAGGAAGUAAGCGAAGUUGGAAAAGUUGAUGAGAGUUUCGUGAUAGAAGCAUACAAAAAUGCAAUGGAGUAUGAUGAAUUCGGAAUUUACAAUUCAUUAACAGUCCAACCAGUUGGAAGCCUCAGAGAGUUGUAUGACAGGUCUGAUAGAUAUGCUAAGGCAGAGAAAGAAAAGAAAGCAAAGUUGUCGCGAACAGCAAGAAGGACAAUGGUCGAGGGACCGGCGAAACCGAAACAACAAUUUGAAGGUAAUACCAAAAACAAGAGCCAUGAAGGUCCAACAAGGAAGAAGAUUAAAGACUCGCUGCCCAUUUCGGAGCCCCUACCAGCGGAAACAAGGGAUAAGAGAGAUAAGAAUAAAUAUUUUGCUCAUCACAAAGAUCAUGGGCACAAUACAGAUACUUGUCGUGCUCUCGCAACGGAAGUCCAGAAAAUGAUUGAAGAAGGAAAGCUGCAGCAAUACGUGAAGAAUAGUCCGGCACAAGUCAACACACUGCCCAACACUCUAGAUUUACGAGAGAUUAGAGUCGAUUAUGCCAGUCUGAUUGGUACGGAGACCUUGGAAGAGGGGAAGACUGAGAUUUCUUUUUCGAAAGCUAAUCUUUCUGGAGUAUAUCAACCACAUAAUGAUGCGAUCGUGAUUCUAGCUCUCAUUGGGAUGUAUAAGGUACGUCGAGUUCUGGUUGAUACUGGAAGUUCAAUUAGCGUCAUAUUCUCGGGAGCAUACUCUUCAAUGAAUUUGAGCGAGAUUCAAGUUGAAGCAGAUGAUAACCCUAUCAUUGGAUUCAGUGGAGAAACGAUGACAGCAAUAGGAAGGAUUAAUAUGCCUACGAUGAUAGGAGGAAGGACGGUUAUGCAAUAUUUCUCGUUGCUAGAUUGUCGUGCACCCUACAACGCUAUCUUAGGGCGUGAUUGGAUCCAUGCAAUGGAGGUGGUAACUUCCACUGUCCACCAGUGCUUGAAGUUCAUUACUUCAGCAGGGGUGAUGAAGCAAUCACGGUGCUUCCCGACCUCUUAUCAAGGAAGAGGAAAGGAAGGGCCACCAACUAUUGAGGAUUUGGUGGAAGUGCAAAUUGGGGAUCAGAAGGAGCAGACAACGUUUAUCGGAGCAGAAUUGCCGUUAGGCGAAAGUGAAAGCUUGAUCACCCUACUGAAAAAUAAUAAAGAUGUAUUCGCUUGGAGUCUCAGGGACAUGCCAGGUAUUGACCCCGACAUCGCAUGCCAUCGGUUGAAUAUCAGUGAAGGAUUUAAACCAGUGAGGCAGAAGCCACGAAAAAUGGCUCCGGAACGGAAGGCAAAGGUUGCUGAGGAGAUUGACAGGAUGUUAGAAGCAAGAAUAAUAAGACCCGUCAAGUAUCCAGAUGGUUAG